AUGUCCGGAUCAACAGAAAAGACUGGUUUCCCCAUCGGCUCCCGCCGCUCCAAGCUCGCGCUGGUACAAACCGAGCUGGUCCAGUCCUCACUCCAAGCUCUCCACCCAGACCUCUCCUUCCCAAUCUCCGCAAUGCAGACAAUGGGCGACAAAAACCAAAUCCAAUCCCUCUACAACAUGGGAAAAUCUCUCUGGACAAAAGAACUCGAAGUAGUACUCUUCGAGGGCGACGUCGAUUUGAUCGUACACUCGUUGAAGGAUAUGCCGACGACUUUGCCUGAGGGUGCGCGGUUGGGUGCGAUCCUGGAGAGGGAGGAUCCGAGGGAUGCGUUGGUUAUGCGGGCUGGCUCGGCGUACGAGACACUGGACGACUUACCCGAGGGCGCGAUCGUGGGUACGUCGAGUGUGCGGCGAACGGCACAACUCAAACGCAAAUACCCGCACCUCCAAUUCGCAGAUGUCCGUGGCAACGUCCUCACCCGCCUCGAAAAACUGGACGGAACCUUCUCUUCCCCUAUCGUGAUUCCUGAAUACUCGUGUCUCAUCCUCGCCGCGGCGGGACUCAUCCGUCUCGGACUCGGUGGUCGGAUUACUGGAUACCUCGAGGCGCCGACGUUGUUGCAUGCCGUAGGUCAAGGUGCCCUCGGUAUCGAAAUCCGGGAAAAUGACGAAAAGACCGCCCAGUUGCUCGCCCCACUCGUCCACCGCCCUACAUGGCUGAGAUGUCUCGCUGAACGCGCACUCAUGCGAACCCUCGAAGGCGGAUGCUCCGUCCCGAUUGGUGUCCAGACAUCUCUCUCCCCCCAGAAUUUAUUGGAGAUGCACGCUUGUGUUGUGAGCGUUGACGGCACAGAGUAUGUCGAGGCAAAGGAGACAAUGCGUGUGGAGAGUGACGAGGAAGCGGAGGAACUUGGGAAGUUGGUUGCGAUGAGGUUGGUUGAGGGUGGGGCGGGGGCGGUGUUGGAGAGGAUUAAUGAGGUUAGGGAGAGGCAUCAGGAUUGA